AUGUGUGAUAAUAACAGUCCUUCGACGCAAAGUAUAGCGGACUACUUAGCUCAGUUGCUCAAAGAUAGGAAGCAACUGGCCGCGUUCCCGAAUGUUUUUAUGCACAUGGAACGACUUCUGGAUGAAGAAAUAGCAAAAGUACGAGCGAGUUUAUUCCAAAUAAAUGGAGUCAAGAAAGAACCUCUAAUCUUACCAGAGCCAGAAGGCGUUGUCACCACACUCACAGAAAAAGUAUACGUGCCAGUCAAAGAGCAUCCAGAUUUCAACUUCGUGGGACGGAUUUUAGGACCAAGAGGUAUGACCGCGAAGCAGUUAGAACAGGAAACGGGAUGCAAAAUCAUGGUCAGAGGAAAAGGAUCCAUGAGAGAUAAGAAAAAGGAGGAUGCUAACAGGGGAAAACCUAACUGGGAGCAUCUCGCAGAUGAUCUACACGUCCUGCUUACAGUGGAAGACACUGAGAAUAGGGCAAAGAUCAAGCUAGCCAGGGCUGUAGAAGAGGUCAAACGUCUUCUUAUACCACAAGCGGACGGCGAGGACGAACUGAAGAAACGUCAGCUGAUGGAACUGGCCAUUAUAAACGGCACAUAUCGCGACUCAAGCGCGAAAGCCGUUGUGCCCGUCAACGGUCAGUGCCUCAUAACUGACGAGGAGUGGAGGCGCGUGGCAGCCGCGGCUGCUGAAACUCAACGACUCUUAGCCCCAACCGGUGGCGUGGCGGGGGUCGGAAGCGUCGCCUUGCGCACACAAGCGCCGUUGGGCGCUCCGCUGAUACUGUCGCCACGUAUGUCUGCCGGACCAGGCGCUCAAGCGGGGCUCCUCAACGGGACUGGAGGGACGGCGGCCGGGCUGCUGUCACCAGGGGAGCCCACCCAUCAGCUGAUCUACGCGUCCCCAUACGCAGACUAUGCUAACUACGCCGCGCUCACCGCCGCGGCCAACCCGCUGCUGACUGCCGAGUACGCCGCCGCCGACCAUACGGCGUCGAGGUGUGGUGCGGCGGGCGGGUCGGCUCGCGCAGGUGAGGGAGCACCCCUACCAGCGCACCGCCUUACCGGCGCCUUAAUUCCCGCCAAAACGCUCUCGCGCCGCCAUUUUGUUCACAAGGUGAGUGCUAACGGCGCUGAGGAACUAACAGAAGAUGCGGCCGCCCGCCUACAACGGAUUCCUAGACGCCGCGUAACAUAUUCAUCGGAACAUCGAUCACCAUGUAGCUAUAGCUGUUGGGCCUUUCACGUUAACAUAUACUAUGUAUUUUAA